AUGGCUUCUAUCGCGUCGCUCACGCGUUUGCCUUUGCUGGCGCCGCUGGCACUCGUCGUCAUCGUCGCCGCGGCCCUCCUCCCCACCGGCGACGCAAUCCGCGUGGCCGCGUCGUCCGAUCCAAUCAUCCUCAAGUCGCAGCGUACGUGGCGUUCCGCCAUUGGUUGGAAUCCCUUUGUCUUGCUCAGCACUUCACACCUCGUACCCUUCCAGCCUCGCACCUUUGAAGUCCUUUCUGGGCUAAUCACCGUUUUCCCGCAUUUCUCCUUGGCAUGUCCAAACCCCCCUGCUCUGCCCCCACUCCUCGAUCGCCACCCCUCGCCGCUCCUCGUCGCUCCCCGCCGCUCCUCGUCACUCCCCGCCGCUACUCGUCACUCCUCGCCGCCCCUCUCCACUCCUCGCCGCUCCUUGCCACUCCUCACCGCUCCUUGCCACUCCUCACCGCUCCUUGCCACUCCGCACCGCUCCUUGCCACUCCUCACCGCUCCUUGCCACUCCUCGCCGCUCCUUGCCACUCCUCACCACUCCUCGCCACUCAUCACCACUCCUCGCCCCUCGUCUUCCCCUCGCCCCAACACGUGGCACGGCAGCGAUCUGAGUUCCAACGGCGAGGUGAAGGCGCUGCCACAGUCGUUCACCAAGCUCAAGAAGCUCAUCCACCUCGAUGUGUACAACUGCUGGAUAGAGGGGCGAAUUCCGGCCUUCCUCGGCCAGCUCACUGCCCUCACAUACCUGAGCAUUGGUGGAAACCCUCUAGACGGUGCUGUGCCUUCCAGCCUCGGCAGCCUUGUCAACCUCGUCAUUCUCAACAUCGCUGGAACAGGGGAGGACGGCGUGGGAGGGGCCUUGCCGGCAAGCUUUGCCAAUCUGAAGAAGCUCAAAGAGCUCUAUCUGCGCAACAACCGCUUCAGCGGGCCACUGCCAGACUUCAUUGGCUCUUUCACCCACCUGGAGCGCCUCAUGGUGAGCAAGAACUACUGGUCGGGCGCCAUUCCCAAGACCCUGUCGCAACUCAAGAAGCUCAGCUACCUUGGUCUGAUGGAAACCGCUCUGGAGGGCGAGAUUCCAACGUUCCUGGGCACACUGGGCCAACUCACAUACCUAUCCCUGUCCGACACGCGUUUGUACGGGGAGGUGCCCAAGGCGCUCAGCGGGCUGGCGAAACUCAAAGAGCUGUACCUGGAUAACGGGUGGUACUACGGCCCCCUGCCUGACCUGAGCGGCCUCAAGCAGCUCACCCUCAUAGACCUCUCGGGCAACUACCUCUCUGGCCCCAUCCCGGCCUUCCUGCAGCGGGUCAAGAAAGUCAACGCUGCUGACAACUAUUUCUCCGGCUCAGCCUCUUCUCUUCCCUGCUCCGACGACUUCUCCAUCACCGGCAACUGCCUCUCCUCCGUCCCCACCAAGUGCGGGGGCACCGCCGGCCAGAAGACCACAGAGGAGUGCAACAAGUUCUGUGGGUCCGCAAUGGCCGCGGGGGCGUGUAGCGGCAAGGGAGUGUGUGUGUUGGAUGUGGAUAAAUUGCUGAAUACCCAAGCAUAUGUGCCCAUGUGCAAGUGCCAGUCGGGGUACUGGGGUUCACACCAGAAGCUGCGAUGCUCCAAGAACAACACUUGA